GUUAGCAAAGGAUUAUCGCGGCGCAGUAGUUCAAUGUCGGUUGGCAGUGACGGUUGUUUAUACGAUGGCGUCCGGCGGUGAGAACGGAACCGAAGAACGAACGGAAGCAUCGACGCCGGCUCAACCCAUCGCCAAUGCCGUAUCCGAGACGACUCACAAAGUAAUAGGAAUGGAUAAAGAUGGUGAUAUGUCUGGUGUACCAGCAAAGAAAUCUCGUGUCGAAGUGCAAUCUCUUCCAACCAGACAAUAUUUGGAUCAGACAGUAGUACCGAUAUUGCUACAAGCAUUAUCCUGUUUAGCCAAAGAGAGACCUGCUGAUCCUAUAAGCUUCCUCGCUGGCUAUUUACUUAGAAACAAGAGUCAGUACGAUAAUGGCGGUUCGCCGCCGACUAGUCAGUGAAUGCUUCCCUGUCCAUGUGCGCAUUUCGUGGUAAUAUAUGAACUUUACUUCCUAAAAAUCUCUUUUUGAUACUUCAAGCACAUAUUUACGUUAUAAACGUAUUAUGUACUUGCGUAUUUUUGAACGAAAUAAAAAUGAAUUAGCUCCCUAUUGUAGGGACAGUAGUGACUUUUUAGAGGAGUAAUACAGCGUUAUUCUGUGGAAUACAAAAUAUACGUUUUUUAAAUAUUGAAAUUAUUUUAAAUAAAUAUUGGUUUUUUGUAUAAAAAUAAUAGCAACAUCAGAAUUAUCCUAAUUGCAAUAGCAGUUACAGAAUUGAUAUUAAAUCGUUAUUGACUUGUAAUAUGUAUUAAAAAAAGUUGCUACUUUUUCUAUGCAAACACAUAGAUAAAAUAUAAUUAAGAAACAUGAUAAUGUGGCUUUUAUGAAAGAAUAUUUUAAAAAUAUAUUAAAAAAGCGUGUAGACUCUGAUUUUCAAUUCUUUGCAAAUUUACGGCGCGAAAGCGAACAAAAGAAAGGAGCGGAGAAAAGGGCUGCUGCCAUCGAUCCAAUAAAUCGUAAUGAACCUUCCCUGCUCGUGUCGAUUUUAAUUGGAACGGCGAUUUAAUUGGAGGCAAUUAAAUGUAAUCGCGCAAUGAAUCGGCGUUAAAUUUAUCUCGCGCUCCAAUAAAAUCGAUAAUUUACAUCGGACGUGCAACACUCGCGUGCGUUGCAAAUAGAGAAAGGGAAAAAGGAUGUCUAGACACAUACAAACACA